UCAGCAUCUGUUAAUUAAGAACUAGACCUAUUAGAAUAAUAUUAGAAAAAGAAAAUGCACUUGGAUCCAGAUCUUGUUGUGUGCUUUUGUUUUUAUUAAACAAAAACAUGGGGUUCAAUUCAACCCUCUACAAUCCCAAAACAGAUUACCUGUUCUCUCCUCACAGCAAUGCCUGCAACUCCAAGGAAUCUCCUGCUUUUUUCAUCCAAUAUCUUCUCCUUCACCUUACUUGUCUUGAUAAAUGCUCGUUUAUUCUGUUGUGGCUAUGCGAUCGACGAGCAGGGGAAGGCUCUUUUAGCAUGGAAGAACAGCCUGAACAGCAGUGGGGAUGCAUUGGAAUCAUGGAAUUCGUUGGAUGCUACAUCGUGCACAUGGUUUGGGAUUCGUUGCAACUUGAAAGGCGAGGUGGUGGAGUUAAGGCUGAAAGCUAUAGAUUUGCAGGGGCCAUUGCCUUCGAACUUUCAGUCUCUGAAAUCCUUGAAGACCCUUGUGCUUUCGUCGACCAAUCUUACCGGCACCAUCCCUAAGGAACUCGGAGACUAUUAUGAGCUGAAUGUUAUUGACUUGAGUGACAAUUCUCUGUCAGGUGAAAUCCCCUGGGAAAUUUGCAGGCUGAGCAAAUUGGAAACAUUGUCCCUCAACUCAAACUUUCUUGAGGGUGAGAUUCCAUCGGCGACAGCAAAUCUUUCCAGCCUUGUUUACUUGACACUCUACGACAAUCAACUCGGUGGCGAAAUCCCGAACAGUAUCGGAGAGUUGAGAAAUCUACAAGUUCUUCGAGCAGGUGGAAAUAAAAAUCUUAAGGGGGAGUUGCCUUGGGAGAUAGGAAACUGCACCAACUUGGUUAUGUUAGGCCUGGCUGAAACUAGCAUUUCCGGUCAUCUUCCCUCAUCCAUAGGAAUGCUUAAAAGAAUUCAAACCAUAGCCAUUUAUACUUCUUUGAUAUCAGGUCCUAUCCCAGAAGAGAUUGGUAAUUGCAGUGAGCUGCAAAAUCUGUACUUGUAUCAGAAUUCUAUAUCCGGUCAGAUCCCGAGUCGAGUCGGUCAGCUGAGAAAGCUUCAGGGUCUGCUAUUGUGGCAGAAUAGCUUAGUUGGUACUAUCUCAGAAGAAAUGGGAAGCUGCACGGAGCUAACUAUGGUGGAUUUAUCCGAGAAUCUUAUUACAGGUAGUAUACCAAGAAGCAUUGGAAACCUCUUGAAGCUUCAAGAGCUUCAACUGAGUGUUAAUAAGUUAUCAGGUACAAUUCCUACGGAAAUUUCAAAUUGCACGGAGCUAACUCAUCUCGAAAUCGACAACAACGCCAUCUCCGGUGAGAUUCCUGACCCCAUUGGCAACCUGAAGAGCUUGACUCUCUUCUUUGCCUGGCAGAAUAAGCUGACUGGACAUAUUCCGGAUAGUCUUUCUCAGUGCCAGGAUCUCGAGGCACUUGAUUUAUCCUACAAUAGCCUUUUUGGUUCAAUCCCGAAAGAGAUUUUCGGUUUGAGAAAUCUCACCAAGUUACUGCUACUUUCCAAUGAUUUAUCCGGUUUUAUACCACCGGAUAUAGGAAACUGCACCAAUCUGUACAGGCUACGGUUAAGUGGCAAUAAACUUGCAGGAACAAUUCCAUCAGAGAUUGGGAAGUUGAAGGGCUUGAAUUUCGUCGACUUAAGCGAGAAUCGCCUUGUCGGAGGCAUUCCUUCGUCGAUAAACGGAUGUCAAAAUCUCGAGUUUCUUGACCUCCAUUCAAAUGGUCUUACAGGUUCUUUGCCAGAUUCUCUGCCUACUAGCUUACAAUACAUGGAUAUUUCAGACAACAGGCUUAUAGGUCCUUUGACUCAUAGUAUUGGGUACUUAACUGAAUUGGCUAAGCUUAACUUGGGAAAGAAUCAACUUUCUGGAAGAAUUCCAUCUGAGAUAUUGUCCUGCAGGAAGCUUCAGUUGUUAAACCUGGGGGACAAUGGUUUCUCUGGUGAAAUUCCGAAGGAACUAGGCCAGAUUCCGGCACUCGAAAUAUCUCUCAAUCUUAGCUGCAAUCAAUUUUCCGGCCAAAUUCCAUCCGAAAUCAACGGUCUUAGCAAGCUAGCUGUACUUGAUCUCUCUCACAACAAUUUCUCUGGUAGGUUAGAAGUCCUUGCAAGCCUGCAAAACCUUGUCUCUCUCAAUGUCUCCUUCAAUGACUUCUCUGGUGAGCUGCCAAAUUCCUCAUUUUUCCGAAAGCUUCCGCUGAGUGACCUCGAAUCAAACAAAGACCUCCACAUUUCCAAUGGAGUUGUAACUUCAGCUGAUAUCGAACAUUCAAGGCAUGCUAGGCCAGCAGUGAAGCUAGCCAUGUCCAUCCUUCUAAGCGGUAGUGCAGUUCUAGUACUACUUGCUAUCUACAUGUUGGUUCGUGCCCGGUUUGCCAACAAUGGCCUCAUGGGAGAUUAUAGUUGGGAAGUGACCCUGUACCAAAAGCUCGACUUGUCAAUUGAUGAUAUAGUCCACAAUUUAACUUCAGCUAAUGUGAUCGGCACUGGGAGUUCCGGGGUGGUAUACAGGGUAAUGAUUCCAAAUGGUGAAACGUUAGCGGUUAAGAAGAUGUGGUCAUCGGAAGAGUCCGAUGCAUUCAGUUCUGAAAUCGAGAUGCUUGGCUCGAUCAGGCACAGAAACAUUGUCCGGCUUCUCGGUUGGGGUUCGAAUAGGAAUUUGAAGCUGCUGUUUUACAAUUAUCUUCCAAAUGGAAGCUUGAGUUCACUCCUUCACGGUGUCGGCAAAGGAGGAGCAGAAUGGGAGGCUAGAUAUGAUGUUGUGCUGGGUGUGGCACAUGCUCUUACAUACUUGCACCAUGACUGUGUGCCUGCAAUCUUGCAUGGUGAUGUGAAAGCUAUGAAUGUCUUAUUAGGAGCUGGCUAUGAGCCUUUCCUUGCUGACUUCGGGUUAGCUCGUGUUAAGAAAAGAAAUGAUGACGACAAAUUUUCCGAAUCAAGUCCAAGGCCACACAUAGCAGGUUCAUAUGGAUACAUGGCUCCAGAACACGCAACAAUGCAACGUAUCACGGAGAAAAGCGAUGUGUACAGUUUCGGUGUAGUCCUCUUAGAGGUUCUAACAGGAAGGCAUCCAUUGGACCCAACUUUGCCCGGGGGUGCACACUUGGUUCAAUGGGUCCGGGACCAUUUAGCAAGCAAGCGAGACCCGUCCGACAUUCUUGAUGCAAAGCUUAGAGGCAGGGCUGACCCUGCUAUGCAUGAAAUGCAACAGACACUCGCUGUAUCAUGCCUCUGUGUCAGCGCUCGGCCCAAUGACCGACCGACAAUGAAAGAUGUCGUAGCAAUGCUAAAAGAAAUCCGUCAUGUCGAGACCUCAAGGGACAUUUCAAAGGGAGCCUCAAAGGCCCCUCAGCCUCAAUCACCUCUGCCUCUGACUCGAGUAGUAGUCUCUCAAGGAUCAUCUAACUGUUCCUUUGCAUUUUCUGAUGAUUCAAACCAAGCAUCAGGCUGAGGGUUCAAGGUAUCUAUGGGAUGAGUAUGAUGCAUAAAUUUGUUGAUAGUCCAUAGAAGAAUCAUUGCAGCAUCAGCACAAGAGUUCAGAGUGGGAAAUGUUAAAUGUUAACAUUUGAGUUGUAAUUUGUGUGGGUUGCAAUAAUUAAUUAUGACUUAGCUUUCACUUAAUAAUGUAAAGUAAAACAGAAAAUAGGGAAUAUCUUGGGAGUAGAGAUGGAAAUUGUAAGAAUAUUGUAGUAGAAGGUGAAACAAUGAUUGUUGGCACUACUGGAUUUAUGUAAUUAGAAUUAAAUGCAAGAAUUGAGAGAUUCUAUUACAGC